CGCUUCGGUGCGUUAUCAAAAAAGCUAAAACCUCUCAUCGCCAUGUCCACCCGCCAAAGCCGAACCGGCACACCCCUCACAAACACACCCACCCUCACACCCCGUCCCCUCAAAUCCGAAGAACAAACCCCAUGGUGGGCCCCCGUACACAAAUGGGAAAAACAACGGGUCACACCCAAAUGGGGUCCAAUGCUCGCAACACUCGGUCCACGUCCAGGCGUACUCCCCAAACCACCCGUACACGAUAUCCAAAUCGUUAAAUAUGUUAAAGUAAAGAAACGAUCUUCAUUCCCAAAAGAUGAACACACAUCCCUAGCAGCUUCCAUAGCCGAUGACACUGACCAACCCGGCGAAAACGAAACAGACGAUCACCACGUCCCAGAACAAGUACACGAAGAAGCCGACGCAGAUGCCGACGCCGAUGCAGAAGGGGAGGGUGAAGAUGAAGAAGAUGAAGAAGACGAAGAAGAAGAUGAUGAUGAUGAAGAUCAAGAUGAGGCGGAACAAGCUUCUAGUACACGUGCGAUUGUGAAUGAGGAUAUUGAGAUGCUUGGACCGGGGAGUUUGGGUGUUACUGCCAUGGAUAUUGAUGAAACAUUGUCGAAUCCACUUUCGAUGGGGAUGCCACAUGAGCAUUUUCAUCGGUCUCAUGUUGUGCAUGAGGAGGCGUCCGCUGGUGGUGGUGAUGGUGGUGGUGAUGGUGGGGAAGGGGUGGAACCGAAAGAGGGUGUGGAAUAAUAUUGUG